GCUGCUGUGGCUUCAAUGGCAGGGUAAGUUUACUUUAUGAUUAUGAUGGGUAACUACUAUCACGUGUUUUGUUGUAUUUGGGUAAUGAAAUUUCUUACUUGUAACUGCAGAUGGAAGAGGAGAUGUCGGUGAUUUACUCAUCAAUUAUCAUCAGGAAACCUGCAAAGAUAACAAACAAUCAUAUGACUGACAGUGACAGUAGUUGUGUGUAUAGUGUAAUAAAAGCAUAGAGGAAAGGUCCCAAAUUGAGAUGGUCCAUAAAUGCCACUGGUAUAGUGAUAGCCGACCUGUUUUUCAUGAGAAAAGUUGUUUGUGAUUCUGAAGGGAAAUUCUACAGCAGCAUUAGGUUUUGUUUUUCUUUAAUUAGAAAGUUUCCUAACUGGGUGAAAUGAUCCAAGUGGCAGCCAUAAUAAAAGCUGAUUGAAUAUUUUUAUGAAUAUUUAUUAAACAAUUUCUUUAUUACUUCCUCACCUUUUUUGGUCGAACACAGAAACAUCCUUUUUAUAAUAUUUUGCCCUAACGUGACAGGCACUUUAGGUGUUUCAAGACAAAAUAUUUGUUUGUCCAGAGAAUUUGAAUUUAUAACUUUAGGUUGAUGUGUCUUCAGAUAUUGUAGGCCUACUCGGAUUAAGAGUAAUUUCCAAAUUGACUAACUACAACAUUUCAAUGUUUUAUUUGUCACAUAGAAUCGUAAGGUAGAACUCCAGGGAAAUUAUGGCCUGUAUGUUAAUCAAUAAUCAGCAUCUGUUAGCCUAUACCUCAUUAAAAAUAUUAUACAGCCAACACAUUUGUUAACUUUUCUUUUGUUUACAAAAACCUUGAACUCUACUCUAAUGUGUAACUUUGCGUUUUAAUUCACAUCUUCCAUCAUCAUCUUCCAGUUGGAUGUAACAAGUUGACAAUUCUGUAUCAAUUGUGAUACCAUACAACCCUCACUUCCUAAAAAAAGGAAAAUAAUGGUAACUUUAGCCCAGUAGGUGGCUGUAAUGCGCCAAAAAUGUCGAUGGCAAUCCUACGAAAUACAGCAGAUGGAGAAAAGUACGCCUUCCAUUCACUCAUGCCGACUGUGUUCAUUCAUUAUCCGAUAACAAACCGAACAGUGUGGUAAUUUUUGCUCAACUUGGCUCUUUACUGUCACAUAUAGAUAUUUUUCAUCCCAUUUAAGUAACCAAACUAACGCUGAAACGUACGGAAACUUGGGGAACACAGCUAACAUCGUGGCUAACUGAUUAGCUUAGGUAGCUGCUAGUUAGCAGGGUAAGUUAGCUACUAAACGUUAGCCGUGUGUUGAUGUAACGGACACGGUGAGGCCUAACGUUACCGGAACCCUGGUCUUUACUGUGGAGGUUCAACCAAAGACCGACGUCUGUGUUCCCAGCAAGUGGACAGCUACAUUUUGUCUUUUCUCAGAGUAAAACAACUUUUUGCCCGAGAAAACAUGGAAGCUCCUCCUGUCACCGUGAUGCCAGUCACCGGGGGCACAAUCAAUAUGAUGGAGUACCUGCUGCAAGGCAGUGUGUUAGACCAAGCCCUGGAAAGCCUCUUGCAUCGCCUCCGAGGUCUGUGUGACAACAUGGAACCUGAGACCUUCACAGAUCAUGAACUGGUUUAUCUUCUGAAAGGCCAACAAGGAAACCCUUUCAUUCUGCGUGCCCGGCGCUCCCUCUCACACCCCACGUCACCAUGGCACCUACGCUACCUAGGCCAACCUGAAGUGGGUGACAAGAGCCGCCAUGCCCUGGUGCGUAACUGUGUUGACGUAGCUGCCUCUCACAACCUGCCCGACUUCCUCAAUGAGAUGGGCUUCCGCAUGGACCACGAGUUUGUGGCCAACGGGCACAUAUUCCGCAAAGGUGCUAUGAAAAUUGUGGUGAGCAAGCUGUCACGCAUCCUGGUACCGGGUAACACAGAGAACACAGAGCGUCUAUCACUUUCAUACCUGGUGGAGCUGAGUGUGUUGGCUCCUGCCGGUCAAGACACUGUGUCAGAGGACAUGCGCAGCUUUGCUGAGCAAUUGAAACCAUUGGUUCACCUGGAGAAGAUUGACCCCAGCAAACAGAGACAUUGAAUGUCACCAUUUGUAUGGUCAAGUCAUUUUUGACUACCAUGGACAAACCAGACUUCUAUUUUUUUACAUUGUUUACAUUUGAACUAAAAUUAAAUACAGUUCAACUUUGACUUAACUGUUACACUCCUGGUUAAUUUGUUAUUUAAGCGGGAAAAUAACUGCAAUUACAAAACAACAUUACUGUAUUCUUUUUCAACCAAAGCAUGUACACAAUUUUGAGUUUUGACAUGGUAACCUUAUCAUUCUGUCACAAAUUAACACCACACAGUUUUGGUUAUAGGAGCAGUGUGUAGGAUUUAGUGGCAUGUAGUGAUUAGGAUUGUAGAUCGCAACCAACUUCCCUCAUGUGCCAAGUGUGAACUCCCGGGUUGGAUUUCUUUAGUGUUCACUAUUUAGGAUUUUUUUAAAAUCUGGAGCCGAGUUGCCUAGAGAGGUCUCCUCUUCUCUCAAACAAACAGACCAGGUUAUUAAAAUCGGUAACAACACUUAAUAAAGCAGUUCUGCAUUUCAAAA